AUGCGGCGUCUGACUCGCCGCCUGGUGCUGCCGAUCUUCGGGGUUCUCUGGAUCACCGUGCUGCUGUUCUUCUGGGUAACCAAGAAGAAGUUGGAGGUGCCGGCGGGACCUGAAGUGCAGACCCCCAAGAUUCCGGAUGCUGACUGGGAUGACCUAUGGGACCAAUUUGAUGAGCGGCGGUAUCUGAAUGCCAAGAAGUGGCGUGUCGGUGAUGAUCCCUAUAAGCUGUAUGCUUUCAACCAGCGGGAGAGCGAGCGGAUUGCCAGCAGCCGGGUGGUCCCAGACACUCGCCUUUUCAGAUGCACCCUGCUAGGGUACUGCACGGACCUCCCUCCCACCAGCAUCAUCAUCACCUUCCACAACGAGGCCCGCUCCACCCUGCUCAGAACCAUCCGCAGCAUAUUAAACCGCACCCCUAUGAAUCUCCUCCAGGAAAUCAUAUUAGUCGAUGACUUCAGCAAUGACCCCGAGGACUGCAGACAGCUCAUCAAGCUACCCAAGGUGAAAUGCUUACGCAAUAACGAGCGGCAAGGUCUGGUGCGGUCCCGGAUCCGGGGUGCCGAUGUUGCCCAGGGCACCACCCUGACUUUUCUCGACAGCCACUGUGAGGUGAACAGGGACUGGCUCCAGCCCCUGCUGCACAGGGUCAAAGAGGACUACACGCGGGUGGUGUGCCCCGUGAUCGAUAUCAUCCACCUGGACACCUUCAACUACAUCGAGUCGGCCGCGGAACUUAGAGGGGGGUUUGACUGGAGCCUCCACUUCCAAUGGGAGCAGCUCACACCAGAGCAGAAGGCUCGGCGCCUGGACCCCACUGAGCCCAUUAGGACCCCAAUCAUAGCUGGAGGCCUCUUCGUGAUGGACAAAUCCUGGUUCGACUACCUGGGGAAAUAUGACAUGGACAUGGACAUCUGGGGCGGGGAGAACUUCGAAAUCUCCUUCAGGGUGUGGAUGUGCGGGGGCAGCCUGGAGAUCAUCCCCUGCAGCCGAGUGGGCCACGUCUUCCGGAAAAAGCACCCGUAUGUUUUCCCAGAUGGAAAUGCCAACACGUAUAUAAAGAACACCAAGCGGACAGCUGAAGUGUGGAUGGAUGAAUACAAGCAGUACUAUUACGCUUCCCGGCCAUUCGCCCUGGAGAGACCCUUUGGAAAUAUCGAGAGCAGAUUGAACCUGAGAAAGAACCUGCAGUGCCGGAGCUUCAAGUGGUACCUGGAGAACGUCUAUCCAGAACUCAGAGUACCCAAGGACUCCUCCAUCCAGAAGGGCAGCAUCCGACAGAGGCAGAAGUGCCUAGAGUCUCAAAAGCAGAAGGACCAAGAGAUCUCCAACCUCAAGAUAAGCCCCUGUGUCAAGACUGAAGACAAGGAUGCAAAGUCCCAGAUCUGGGCCUUCACAUACACCCAGCAGAUCCUCCAGGAGGAGCUGUGCCUGUCAGUCAUCACCUUGUUCCCUGGCGCCCCGGUGGUUCUUGUCCUUUGCAAGAAUGGAGAUGACCGACAGCAAUGGACCAAGACUGGUUCCCGCAUCGAGCACGUGGCAUCCCACCUCUGCCUAGACACGGACAUGUUUGGCGAUGGCACUGAGAACGGCAGGGAGAUCGUUGUCAAUCCGUGUGAGUCCUCACUUAUGAGCCAGCACUGGGACCUGGUGAGCUCUUGAAGAUCCGUGUCGGAACCGGCAGGGGCCGUGGGGUGGCGCUUCCCCGGAUGAGAAUCGGACUGGAAACCAGGCUGCAGGCAGCCCCGAACUACUGCAGAAGCCCUGAAUGGGGAGGCGAAGGCAGAACCCCCCCCCCGCCCCCCCCCGCCCAGGACAGGAACGGCUGUCAGGGAGGAUGCAGGAAGAGAUUGCAAGCCAAGAGCAACUCAGAGACAGACAGAUCCCCGUGUUCUCAAGGCCGUUAAGUUCCAGUCCUGGCUGGGUCUGCCCCUGCACGGUAUCUGGAGGCAGAGAUCUGACGGGAAGUGUUGAUGUGGUUCCCUGUCUUAACGAAAGAGGCCAGAGAGAACAGCCUUCGUCGUCACUAGGCCAGGACUCGACUGAGAGACGAGGGGCGGAGAUGCUUUUCAAAACAAAUAAAGGAACCGUGGAAGUU